AUGUCGGUACUUUUCUCCAAUACUCACGUACGGGUCCCGCAAGGGUUUCGUGCCAUCAUGGAGGGGCUGGUCAGAGAAGUCCUGCGAGACCAGCCUGAAGACAUCCCUAAAUAUGCUGCGCAGUACUUCGAUGCUCUUUUCAAACAAAUACAAGAGAGUGGCAUGGACACCGCUGAGUGGGCUGCUAAACAGGACAACCAUGUAUUCAAGGCUACUGAGAAAGCAGAGCACCAAGAAGAGGAAAAGCUACUCGGCCCUGAAAAGGACUCCCCAGAGCCUAAAAGCAAGACUGAUGAUAAGACUAGUCCUAAAGAAGAGUCUGCAACAGAGGAGACCAUUUCCAAAGAAAAAUCAUACGAGUCCCAAACUGAUGAUGAAUCCAGUCAAUCAGCAGAAGCCUCAAAAGUUUCCACCACACUACCUAAUAUCUCUGAAGAGGUUGAUUUAAGUGAAAGCACAGAAGAAGAAGAAGGAAAAGAGGAUAUGACAGAGAAGCAGGUCAUUUCAACGGAAAAGGGACUUUCAGAAGAGGAAUCAGUCAGCAAACUUCCAGCUGCAGAUGCACAGCCAGAUGAUCAAAGUGAGACAGAAGAGGAAAUAAACACAACAAUAACUACAGAUGAUCAAGCUGACAGGGCGGCUAAUGGAAAAGAUAGCAGCUCUGCUCCGGACCAAGAUAAACCUCAGCCUGAGUUAGAGCUAAAGGAUUUGUUAUCAUUUAGAGGGAUUUCCAGUGUAGAUGUGUGUGCUCAGGAACUGGGAAUGGCAGAAGAUGAGGGAGGUGAUAAACGAAUGACUGAUGUUGUAGAAGAAAAUAUUGUUCACUCAGACAGUGUGGAAAAUACUGACAAUGAAGAACCAGUGGGGGUCCUAUCAUAUUCUGGUUUAGCUGAUGUGGACGUGUGUGCCACAGAGCUUGGAGGAACAGACGUAACCACGGAUGAUGGUACACACGUUGUUGGAGAGGACAGCUCAACACUCCAACCUGAGGAAACUGUUGUACACUCAUCACUGUCUCAAUCUGAAACCCUUGAGGGCAAUCAACAUGAGGGAGAGGGUGAAGCAGAAACAAUGGAGGAGGAAGGAACGGAGAUCAAGGCUUCUUCUGGGGAAAUAAAUGAAAGGUUAGCUCAUGCAGAGGAUGCUUUAAAUAGUAAUGCAGUACCAAAGGAGGAGUCCUUGGUUGAGGUUCACUUUGAAGAUAUUCCAGAAGUUCAGAUUAAAGAGUUUGAGGAGAAAAUGCCACAGUCUAAGAUAUUAGAAACGCAACAGGAGGAAGAAUCCGAAGAGAUUACCGCAGCGGCGGCAGACCAGAAUAUAUCCAGUGCACACGACCAUGAUGAACCUGAGAUGAUGGGAGUUAAAAAUGAAGUUAACUCUGAAAGGGAGGAAAUGCAAAGUCAGUAUGGGAUGUCUGAUUUAAUGAAGGAGAAGGUGGACACAAAUGGUUCUAAAUUAAAUGAUAGUGACAAUGAUGAGAAUCGCGAAGGUGUUAAAACCAUCAGCUCAUCACAUCAGCCCACCACUGAGGCAGACGAAGAAAACCCAGAGGAUGAAAACGAUCAUAAAAAUGAAGAUAAUGAGGAGAUAAGUGAAUUUCACCAGAAUGAGGAUCCCAAAAAAGAGGAAAAGUCAAAUGAACCUGACUGUGAAGAAGAUGAGACAACAGACACAGCUGGGGGAGACAAAGAGGACAUACAUACAAGAGGUUAUAGUGAGGUGGAGGAUCAGGAAAUUGAUGGCAGUGGUGCGGAAAAUCCUUCAUCACAAGUUACCCAGUCAGAUAUAUCAACUGCUGUGACGGAGGCGGAGAGUGAAACUUUAGAGGCGAGUGCAAAACAUCUAUCAGGGGAGAACGAGGAGAGCCAGAGAACACCUGUAGAGUCACAGCUGGAGGAUACUGUGGUUGAAAAAGAGGUCACAUCAAAGGAAAGAAAUUCAGAGGAACUUGAGAUUGAUUCUGAAAUAAGGGAGAAGAGUGAUGAAAUUUGUGCAGAGGGCAGCAUCAGCCACACUCAAAGUGCAGAUCAACUGGCUGCAGACCAACAAGAAGAGGAAAGGCCACUCAGGCCUGAAAAGGACUCCAAAGAGCCCGACAGCAAGAGUGACAUGGACUGUCACAAUGAGGAGUGCAGCCGGCCCCAGGAGGAAGAGGACAUCAUGGACAUCCCCCUUGAUGACCCUGAGGCCAACAGGGCUGCCGCCAAGAUCCAAGCUGGCUUCCGUGGGCACAUGACCCGUAAGAAGAUGAAGCCGGAGGACAAAGCAGAAGGGGAGGAGGUGAGCAGCACUGGGGAUGUGCUCAACGGCAGCCAGGGGGACACAGAGACAGGAGGAUCGGGGGCAGUAGAGAGAGACGACACAUCUGUGCCAGAGCAGUGACGCCCCUGUCCUGACCUGGAUGGAAGAAAAAAAGGGAAAGCAAGGUAGCGAGAGAGAGAUGGCUGGCGUAAGCUGGCUGGGCUGGCUUUCAGGCACACCUUUUUACCCCAGGAGUCAUUUUCUUUUUUUGACACAAAUUAGCAGUAGAAAAUGAACCAACAGUUUUUUGAGGGUGUGUUAUGUAAAUUUUGUGAACUUUAACACUCCUCUGCAUCUUCAGCAGUCUCAUCAGUGCGGAUGUCUUUGACCCAGAAUUUGCAACUCACUGCAUGUACUUGUGAAACUUCUGGUAGUGUGCUAGUUUUUAGAUGAUGAUCUGUGAAUGUGAAAAUGAAUGUCCUCUAAAUGCUAAACGGGGCUUAUUUUGGUUGGAUCCGUUCAUAUCAUCUAUGUAUAAACCUUGUAUGCAUCAGCAUUAGACUUUGCGUAUUCAGUGGCUUAAAUUAUGUUAUUUCUGCUUUGUUUAUGGCGUGCUUGUAUCUGGACCAUCAUAUACCUAUUUGACUUGCUUACAAAAACUGAUUAAAACGUCAAAAGAGAAAUAGCAAUGUAUGUUCUAUUUAUUAUAAUAAUCCUGUUUGCAGUUGCCUCGAUUAUCUUUUUUUUUGAUCACAUGAUAAGUAGGUUCUUUUUUCACCUUUUCAAGCAUUUUCUAUAAAUCUGAUCUUCCGAAACAGUAAGCAUGCAGUAAUCACACCCUUUUGCAGAUGCAUUUGGUACAACUUUACUUUAUGAGACAUUGCUUCAAUAUGCUCUGUUGUGUUGGUGGGUUUGACUUAUUUGACGUAUGUUAAAUCAGGUGUGUGAAAUUCCGUUGUCAAAGUUUGCAGAGCCGUCAUGCUUUAAAACUAACUGAAUAAUACCUUGGUGAACUUUGCUGUAGAGUCAUGUCAUUACACUAAUAAAUCCACCUUAAAUAUACA